AGCAAUAAGCAAAGAGAAAACUCUCUCUCUCUCUCUCUCUCUCUCACACACACACACACACACGCACACACACACAGCAUGGAUGCAGCUCGUGUGUGCAACAGCAGAUCAGGUUUUCCAGGCUCCUACGGAUGCUUCACAGGACGCUGAGGGCGAGGACGAGCCAACAUGUCGGUGUCCGUGAUAACAGACUCAUACCCGUCCAUCGACUGGUCGGUGGUCUCUGCGACCCCGGCGGGUGCAAACGUCACGGCCUGGGAGCGCGAUGCCCUCCUGGCUGUGGCCGAGGUGGUGGUGCUGGCGGUCAUCUUCGUGAUGGCGCUGCUAGGCAACGGGCUGGUGCUGGUGGUGCUGCUGAGGCGGAGACGACACCACAACCCGCUGCACCAGUUCAUGCUCAACCUCUGUGUGGCUGACCUGGUGGUGGCGCUAUUCCAGGUGUUGCCCCAGCUGGUGUGGGAUGCUAAGGGCCGCUUUCCUGGCCCGGACUUCCUGUGUCGCCUGGUGAAAUACCUGCAGGUGCUCGGGAUGUUCGCCUCCUCCUACAUGAUUGUGGCCAUGACGGUGGACCGGCACUACGCCAUCUGCUGCCCCCUGCAGGCGCACCGCAGCGGGGCCACCCAGCGCUGGAACAGCUUCAUACUGCUGGCCUGGGGGCUGUCGCUGCUGCUCAGCCUGCCACAGGUUUUUAUCUUCUCCCGCUCAGAAGUGGCUCCAGGCAUCUAUGAGUGUUGGGGUAACUUUGCUGAGUCGUGGGGCCUUAAAGCCUACGUGACCUGGAUGGCCCUGGCUGUCUUCAUCCUCCCUGCCCUCAUCAUCACCGUCUGCCAGGUGAGAAUCUUUAGGGAGAUCCACAACAACCUGUAUCUGAAGUCAGAGCGCCGCCUGUCCCCCGCCUCCCUCCCUCCCUCCAGACAGGACAGCCACAGAGGAGGAGGAGGAGGAGGAGGCAGAGGGAGGUCCAGUCUCCCUUUGUAUGUUUCACCACUCAUGUUCAACAACCCUGUGAGUCACACCAGCUUUGACGCUGGAUCCACCUAUCAGCACCUGCCCAUGGGUCCGCUCAGGUCCGGCAGCGUCACUCCACACUGUGAUAUUCACAGCUACGCUCCCGUUCAGCCCCCUGAGCUGCAGCCUGAUGUGCUGCCUGACCCUGCGGCGCCCCCUGCUGUCUGCUGCCCCGCACCCAAAGCCCCCCCUGCCCGCUGUGGAGAAGUUUCCGCCGCCAUGUCAAAGACCGUGAGGAUGACGCUGGUCAUAGUGCUCGUCUACUCGCUGUGCUGGGCCCCGUUCUUCAGCGUCCAGCUGUGGGCUGCCUGGGACCCUGAUCCGCCUCAGAACGGUGCUGUGUUCACCCUGCUGAUGCUGCUGGCCAGCCUGAACUCAUGCACCAACCCCUGGAUCUACUCCGCCUUCUCCAGCAGCGUGUCCCCGGAGCUCCGCCUGCUGCUGCUCUGUCGCUCGCACACACAGCGUCGAGGCUCCUUACCGAGCGACUCCACCACCACACACACCUCCAACUACUGAACAGCACACGCGGCCGCAAGGCAGCCGUCGACCGCUAAGUGCGAUCACGUGUCGCGUUUGCACACUUCCGAGUGGCACGCGACAGAACUGGAGGGAUUACUUUUUCGCGCUGAUUGUUUCGAAAAGCAAAACGCUUUCUUGCAGAGUUAGAUGGGUGAAGAUCGAUACUGUUGAUAUCUGUCCAUCAAUCAAUCACAAGAAGCUAAUUACAGCCAGAUGAUUAAGGUAGCUUAGCAUGAAGACAGGAAACGGGGAAACAGCCCCCCCUCCCCUCCUUUCUUUACGUCCCUGCUGCACCAUUUCAUGGCACCAAAGCCCACCUACCAGCUCUUCUAAAACCCAUCAACACAUUACGGAGGGUUUUGUACUGGACUAUUUCUUGGCUUAGAGGUAAUCAGCUGAGGCUCUGAGUGGUUACUGCUCUUAUUCAAGAAAUGGUUGAGCAUAUACAAAAGUACACCAGAAAAAUUAUUGUUUUUACUUUUUUUUUUUUUGCGUGAAUUAAAGAUGUAAGACACCUACAGCUUAUUUGGCUCAUGAAUAUCUUGUUUGUUCAGCUGUGGUUUUAGAUUACAUGGCAGGCCAGCAGUGGGCGCUGCAGGAAAACGUCCUUUUCUUAUACAUUGUGUUGGGGUCAUGCGCCCAACUAUUUCUUGGCUGGUGUUUGUGCUGGCAACAGCAGCAGUAAAAUGGGUAAUUGUCAUUUUAGCACUUAGCACUGUGUUUGUUUUUGUUUACUAAUUAAAACAAGAUGUACCGUGUCAGUUAGCGAGCUUUUGAUGGCGUACAGAUUUGGCUUCCAUUGGACAGUGAGAUCAAACUUAACUCUGAACUAAGGUGGGUCUGGAGUAGAGGUGAGUCCUGCCUGGUCCCAGUGAGACCAGGAGCUCUGAAGGUUUUAGCCUCCCUUCACUGAUUAUCAGUCAGUUUUAGAAAUGACUUGAAGAUUAAAAGCAGAGGCAGACUCAAGCUGUCUGUUUAUUUUUAAUUUCAUGUUUUACAUUUCAGUUGCUUGUUUGAUUUGUGUCACAUUUUAAGCUGUUCAGCACUUUGUAACUCUGUUUUGAAAAGUGCUGUGUAAAUAAAUUUUUUUAUUAUUGUUAUUAUAUUGAUUUCACCACACAGAAGCAAAUAGCAAAGACCAGGAUUGUUUCCACAGUGUCAACUUACUCCUGUAUGUAAAAUCAGGUAGUUUAAACUGCUGUAAUAAAUUUUAUAAUAUUUGAAA